AUGACAUUUGCUACAGAUCUGUACCUCACAGGCGUCAGUUCUGCACUGCAGAUUUUGAUGCCAACGAUCAUUCUCAUUACGACACCAAAGAGAUCAGUUCUUCGAUAUGUCACAAUCCCAUGCAUGCUUUGGAUCCUAAGUUACAAUUUGCGCGCAAUGGAUCCUUACUGUCAAGUAUUCACCUUCAUCGUUGGACAAAUAUUCAUGGCUACUCCUCAAGCUGCCACCUUCUUGUUGAUCAAGCCUCUUGAUGCAAAUGAUCUCGUUCGCGAAGCGCCAGACCGUACAAAAACAUUCGCUGGUCUUUUUGGCUAUGCAUGUGAGCUACUGUGUCAAACGCGUGCUAUCAGAACUCCUCGACAGGUGAAGGGUAUUCCUCCCCAUCCGGCAUGUUAUCACGACGCCAAGAGAGAUACCAUUGUCGUUUCCCGGCAUUUAUUCUUAUUGAGGCAAUCUGUCAUUCUGAUCUGGCAAUAUGCUUUGCUUGAUGUCAUUCAGUCGACCGCUCAUCAGCAGCCUGUGCGAGUUCCUGAUGUGAGGUUCACGGACCUUGAGUGGAAUGUGUCGCUUGAUAUGUGGAUAGAACGAUUCGCAACAAACAUCAUUUCUUGGUAUCUGUUUGCUCGCAUUUGCAUUGAUUCUCGGUACCGUUUGGCCUCGAUUGUUGUUGUUGGAUUGAAGUUGCGGUCUCCUCAAGACUGGCCUCCUUUGUUUGGAAGAAUGGCUGAUGGCUAUACACUACGAAAAUUCUGGGGAGCAUUUUGGCAUCAAUCUCUCCGCCAGCCGUUCACCGCAAUCAGUAGCUUGAUUACGCGUAAUAUUUUGCAUCUUCCCCGACCAUCGAUACUUGAGCGAUAUACGAAUAUUUUCCUGGUGUUCCUCACAUCAGCCUUACUCCAUUUGACGACCGAUAUAAUCACCGGUAUUCCGGUGCAGUACUCCGGAGCAAUGCCCUUUUUUAUGAGCUUCACUUUGGGAUACAUGAUAGAAGAUGGUGUUCAAGCCCUUUAUAAACGGAUCAAAGGACCACAGGAGGAUACUGUUUCGUAUUGGAAGCGGGCUAUUGGUUACUUGUGGGUUGUUGUAUGGCUGGGUAUCUCGUCGACUUGGUAUCUUCACCCGGCUAUGGAGCGUGUCCUCCCACACGAGAUGGCUUUGAUUCCAUUUAGUAUUGCGGAUCGCAUCGGAGUUGUACCUGUUGCAGGAUUUAUUGUUUUGGGUGGUCUUACUCUACUCUUCGGGUUCAAAGCUGAGAUUUAA